GAACGCAGAUCUUAAUGCAGCUACUCUGAUUUCGAUUUUAGGGUUAUUUAUUAUUCUAGUGAUUUGAUUGGCUCUUCUCAGCAUCUGGGUUUUUGUAAAGGUACAAUUUUUAUUCUCUCUUUGGAUUCGAUUUGAUUGAUCUGCCGAUUCUCUGUUUCUCCCGAGCUUUGUGGGUUGAGAUCUCGAUUAUCCGGGAAUCUUCAGUUUUGGUUUUCAUCGGAGCGGUUAAUCGUUGGACUCGUUAGUGUUCUUCUCUUGAAAAAGAAAAACUUUGUGGAGAAUCUGAUUAUAGCAUUUCUUAUUACUUCCACUGAUUCAAACAUGUGGAAGUUCAAACCGUUUGCUCAAAAAGAACCUGCGGGUCUCGAAGGUCGAUUUCUCGAAAUAGGAAAUCUGAAAGUUCAGGUUAGAAACGUCAUUGCGGAAGGAGGUUUCUCCAGUGUUUACUUAGCUCAAGAUGUAAAUCACGCGUCAAAGCAAUAUGCUUUGAAGCACAUCAUAUGCAAUGACGAGGAGUCGCUUGAACUCGUAAUGAAAGAGAUCUCGGUUCUGAAAUCUCUCAAGGGACAUCCAAAUGUUGUGACGCUCUACGCACAUGGUAUCUUGGAUAUGGGGAGGAAUAAAAAAGAAGCUCUUUUGGCUAUGGAUUUUUGCGGUAAAUCUCUUGUUGAUGUGCUUGAGAAUAGAGGUGCUGGUUACUUUGAAGAGAAACAAGCUCUUACGAUUUUCAGAGAUGUGUGUAAUGCUGUCUUCGCAAUGCAUUGUCAAACCCCACGCAUUGCUCACAGAGACUUGAAGGCUGAGAAUCUUCUAUUGAGCUCAGAUGGACAAUGGAAAUUGUGCGAUUUUGGAAGCGUUUCGACAAAUCACAAGAUUUUCGAAAGAGCAGAAGAGAUGGGCAUUGAAGAAGAUAAUAUUAGAAAAUACACAACACCAACAUAUAGAGCUCCUGAGAUGUGGGAUCUCUUUCGAAGGGAGAUGAUAAGCGAGAAGGUCGAUAUAUGGGCUCUUGGAUGUCUCUUGUUUCGGAUAUGCUAUUUCAAGAAUGCCUUUGAUGGAGAAUCAAAGCUGCAGAUCUUAAACGGCAAUUAUCGUAUUCCAGAUUCUCCUAAAUACAGUGUAUUUGUUACGGAUCUCAUCAAAGAAAUGCUUCAAGCUUCACCCGACCAACGACCAGAUAUUACACAGAUUUGGUUUCGUGUCAAUGAGCAGCUUCCUGCUAAUUUACAGAAAUCAUUACCAGAUCGACCACCUGAAAUGCAAUCUGCUGGAGUCCAUGAUGGCUCAUCAAAAUCAGCAAAUAAAUCUUCUCCAGCACCUCGUAGAAGUCCGCCACCGCCGCCACCAUCUUCUGGAGAAUCAGAUAGUGGAGGACCACUAGGUGCCUUUUGGGCGACUCAGCACGCCAAAACCUCAGUUUUGUCAGAAGACAACAAAAGCAUGCCUAAAUUUGAUGAACCAAACAGUAACACAACUAAAUCUGAAAGAGUUCGUGUGGAUAGUCAACAUCCCAAGAAGCCUAGUCCUGUGAGAGGAGAGGUUCGUGGUAUGCAAAGAAAUAAAGAUCUUGAAACUACGAAUUCUCAGAAGGAUACAACUCCUGCUGCAACGAAUAACAGGACAAGAGUGUCCAAGGAUGACGCCUUUAACUCGUUUGUUGCUGACUUUGAUACCACGAAGCUCGAUAAUGGUAGUAAACCUGGAAAAGAAGAAGCGUUGGAAGCUGAGAUAGAGAGGUUAAAAGACGAGUUGAAGAAAACAAAUUCAGAGAAGGCUGAAAUAACUGCUAAGUUUGAAAAGCUUUCUGCUAUCUGCAGAUCGCAGAGGCAAGAGUUGCAGGAUCUCAAACAAACACUUGCCUCUAAAAGUGCCUCACCAUCACCGAGCAGAGACUCUUCACAAAAUCAACCUUCUCCAGGGAUGCAUUCCAUGUCAUCAACUCCAUCGAGAGAUAAGAUUGAAGGAACAAUGUGGGAACUUCAACAGGACAGAUCUAAUUGGUCAAGUGGCAGCUCGGAUACAAAUUCAUGGCAACCUUUUAGUGAUGAAGCGAAACCCGUGAUGGAGUCUGCAUCUAAGGGUACUCAAGGUUUUGAGGCAUGGGGUUUUGAGACAGAAUCCUUCAGAGCCGCUGCAACGUCUUCAGCUACUACUUCUGCUUCUUCAACACAAAGAUCUAUGGGUUCUGGAAACAACACUUCACAGAGAUAUGGGAACACAAAGAUGAGAGAUAACCAGAAAACAGCUCAACCUGCUGGAUGGGCUGGCUUCUAAAACUCACUCAGAUGCUCAUUACUAUAUCUUCCUCUUGCAACAACAACAGCUUCAUGUUGCUGUCAUUACAGAAUCUUGAAUCUUUUUUGUAGAUGAUGAUCAUCCCCUGUUUUUGUGCUGCUAAAUAUACCCCACCCAUAUCCAGUAUUUUUAUGUAGAGUCUUGAACUUUACACAUCUGGUUCCACUUCUCUGAGCUGUGGUCAAUAUCUCAGCUUUUGGAUUAUUAAACGAUAAAUACCGUA